AUGGAAGUCGUCUAUUUUAUGGGUAUUCCCGAGGGUGCUGUAGGGGUAUACACGUUACUGGGCUGUAAAAAUGCCUUUGGCGUGGUAGAUGCGAUUAAUAAGAACGCUGAUGAUGAUGCGUCUGACUUACGACCAAUGCAACACAGGCAGAGUCAAUCAAGAUAUCUGCUCUCUGACUUGUCCAACUGUGUAUAUGACGUGCAUAAGAGAAUUUACGUUUGA